AGAUAUUUGCCUGGUAUCAGGAUGGGAAUCGACGAAUAUCCAUGUCAUAUAUUGGUUUCGCUCUACCCUUCUUAACACCUACCACGUCCCUCAUGACUCGCGAGGUCAUAAUUCUAUUUACAUCCAGGAACAGAACUCCUUAGAUAUGUAUCCCCCAAACCAUCAUCACAACGACGACUUGAACAGCAUCAGUCAAUUCCCUAACAUAAUCCUCAACAUCAAUUUCCAAGUUUUCCACGAGGAGUCACCCCAGAAAUCCGAUGCACCUAGUCCCUUUCCGCCUUGCCCGGGGGGCGGCUUGGCCCUCGUUGAGCCGGUCACUCGACACCAGACCAUUCCAGGCCAUUUUUGCGCGCGGUGGCACUUCGAAUGGCCUUGUCAUUCGAAAGCAAGAUUUACCCCCAGAGGACCAAUGGCCUUCUGUCCUCCCUCCGGCUAUGGGAUCCCCGGACCCUUACGCCAGGCAGCUGAACGGCAUAGGUUCUGGCAUCUCAUCGACCUCCAAGAUCGUCAUCCUCUCGCCCCCGUCCCGCCCCGACACUGACGUAGACUACACCUUUGUCCAAGUUGGUAUCAAGGAUGGCUUCCUAGACCUAGCCGGGAACUGCGGCAACAUGUCUUCCCUCGUCGGGCCCCUGAGCUUAGACGAGGGACUCGUCAAGAACCCCCCACUGCACCAGGACGGUGAGCACACCAUGGCUUCCGUGCGCAUCUUCAACACCAACACCUCCAAGGUGAUCCUGUCGCAGUUCAGAGUCGACGGAACCCCGCCGCGCUUCGUACCUCACGGCGACUACGCGAUAGACGGCGUUCCCGGAACGAGCAGCAGGAUCACCCUCAAGUUCCUCGACCCGGCCGGCGCGAAAACCGGCAAGGCAUUGCCGACGGGAAAUCCAGUUGAUUCCCUACAGCUCAGUGACGGUUCCUCCAUCCCUGCUUCGCUUGUGGACGUGAGCAAUCCUGCCGUCUUCGUCAGGGCCGCCGACCUCGGGCUGUCCGACCCUGAAUCUCUGACUCCUUCCUCCAUCGAGGCCGACGACCAACUCAAGGACAAGCUAGCGGAGAUUCGACGAGCUGGCACGUCGGCAAUGGGCUUGGAUCCCGAGAUUGAGAGCGUUCCCAAGAUCGUUCUCCUAUUCUCCGACCCCGGGUCACCUGAUGUUGACGUUCGCUGUCUCGCCAUGUCCAUGGGCCAAGCCCACAAGGCCGUGCCCCUGACCAUGGCCUUGUGUCUGGGCUCGUCGUGUUACAUCCCCGGUACCAUCGGCUUCGAAUUGUUCCGUCGCCGGGGGGCUAGCGAAAAGAGCUCCGUGGUAGUAGGGCACCCCAGCGGCAGGGUCGAGAUUGGGACCACUCUCAAUGAGCGGGGCGAGAUCGUGUCUGCCGAUCUCCACCGCACCGCGCGAGUUCUGAUGAAAGGGGAUGUCUUCUACUGA